GCCGCAGUUCCGAGGAGGCAGCAGUUCCCUGAGCUCGGCUUCUGUGACGGACUGUGUCGGCUGUGGACCGCUCGCCAUCUUAACCUGCCGUUUGGGGAAUAACGCCGCACAUUCAUUGGCCAUAAGGCGGUUUUGUUUUUAUAAUUUUUCAUAACAAUACAAAUCUCCAUGAUGAUGGAAAUGGAGGUGAUGCACUCCAGUCAACAGGACAUGGACCUGAUUGACAUACUGUGGAAGCAGGACAUCGAUCUGGGCGCCAGGCGGGAGGUGUUUGACUACAACCACCGUCAGAAAGAGCAUGAGCUGCAGAGGCAGCGGGAGCUGGAGGAGGAGAAGAGGCUGCAUUUGCUCCGGGAGCAGGAGAAGGCCCUGCUGGCACAGCUGCAGCUAGACGAGGAGACCGGAGAGUACAUACCACGCCCGCCGACGAGCGCCCCGCUGCAGACGGCCGUCUCACCUUUAGAGGUUACACAGAAUGUGGGCUUCAGACAGGAAAGCGAUGAAGCCAUGUCUUUUGAUGAAUGUUUGCUGCUGCUGGCAGAGACGUUUCCUAUAACAGAAUCUGAGAAUACCCCAGUUUGCCUAGAAACACCUGCUUCAUCAUCCAUCAGCAGCAACAUGAUGAUGUCCCCGGAGCAGCCGGCUGUGUCUCCGGCCAGCCUCUCUUCAGGUCAGCUGCCUCCACCACAGAGGAUAUCUCCAGAUUUCGAGCAGGCCUGGAUGGAGCUGCUGUCCCUUCCUGAGCUACAGCAAUGCCUGAACAUGCCAAUGGAGGACACAUCAGAAACCACAACCUAUCCUCUACCGAACAGUCCUGAAGUGCAGAAUCCCAACUUCCCCUUUUACCCCAUGACCAGCGUCACAGACGAGAAAACAAACUGUUUAAAUGUUGGUCCUGUAGAGUUUAUAAACGCAUUCGAGGGCUCUGUUCCCUCUAUGGCUCGAUCUGAGGACAUCGGCCAGAUGAAGGUGGAGGCUCCUCACCUGAAUUCUAGCUACAGUGCCGACAGCUUCUGUGAUGUAUUUUAUCCUAACGCCAUGAUGGACGAGAGCAGUGCCCACCACAGACUGGAAGGAAACGAAAGCGCCAACUUGUCUGACGUCCCCAUCAAGGCCCCGUUCACACCCAUGGACGCAUACAGCCUCUCACCCGGAGACGGGUUUGACAGAGGCAAACAAAGUCUGUCAGAAGUGCCAGAUUCAGAUUCAGGAAUAUCAUCAAAUGCGAGUCCAAAUGCAAGUUCACCGCAGAAGUCCGUGUAUGGGAGCGGGUCCUUCAGUUACAGCGAUUCCGAGAUGGACGAGUUUGACCAAAAUCCUGGGAGUGCAGAGUCUGACUAUUCCGAGAUGUUCUCAAUCAAUUUCCAACCCGAUGAUCUAGAUCCGGCACUUUGUUUAUCUGCACCGACUGGUCAGCCGCACGAGCAGGUGAAGAAACCCAAACAGCACUCGGUGGAGCUGGCAGAGGAGAGCGGUCACGACGACGCUCCCUUCACCAAAGACAAGCAGAAGCGACGCUCCGACGUGCGUCUCUCUCGAGACGAGCAGAGGGCCAAGGCCCUCAAGAUCCCCUUCACCGUCGACAUGAUAAUCAAUCUGCCCGUCGACGACUUCAACGAGAUGAUGUCGAAGCAGCAACUGAACGAGGCCCAGCUGGCCCUGGUCCGCGACAUCCGCCGGCGCGGCAAGAACAAGGUGGCCGCCCAGAACUGCCGCAAGCGCAAGAUGGAGAACAUCGUGGGUCUGGAGAACGACCUGGACUCGCUGAAGGAGGAGAAAGACCGUCUGCUGAGCGAGAAGAGAGAGUACAUGACGAGUCUGAAGGACACGAAGCGGCAGCUCAACAGCUUGUACCUGGAGGUCUUCGGCCUGCUGAGAGACGAGAAGGGGAACUCUUACUCUCCCUCAGACUACUCCCUCCAGCAGUCCACCGACGGCAGCAUCUUUCUGGUCCCCCGCAUUAAAAAGACAUACAAGAGCGAAGACGUCCACUAAUCUUUGUAAUAUGGUACUGCGUCAUCCUAGUAUACUAUGCAAUAACUUUGUAGUCUCUCAGCUUUACGCAGUCGUAGCUCGGCAGAACUAUUGUAUAGUUUUUGCUCACCUCCCUCGGACGUUGUAAUAUUUUUGAUAUUUUACUUUUGUACUCAGAUUCUUUAACCAAUAGCUUGUAAAUAUAAGUAUUACUUGCCUUUAAGAUUGAUAAACAUGUUACUGUACGUGUAUAUACAUUGUAAAUAUAUUUCCGUAUGCUAAUGAUUGUUUCAAUCACUGUUACUUGUUUUAUAACUUUCCCUUUAUGAUUUGCUGCGUUUUUUUUUUUUAAAAAUCCUGAUUAUUCUGUGCCUUCAAAUAAACUGUUCAUAUAGC